UUCCCUCUGUUUUUCCAUCAUUCUUUCAGUAAAGAGGCAGCAGCGGCACUCUCUUUCUCUCACGCCUUCAGAAACAAAAGGUCAAGAAUCAUGGCAUAUGCUGCAAUGAAGCCGACCAAGCCUGGUUUGGAGGAAUCCCAGGAGCAGAUUCACAAGAUUAGGAUCACUCUCUCCUCUAAGAAUGUGAAGAACCUCGAGAAAGUUUGUGCUGACUUGGUUCGUGGUGCCAAGGAUAAGAGAUUGAGGGUUAAGGGACCAGUAAGAAUGCCCACCAAGGUUCUUCACAUUACCACGAGGAAAUCUCCCUGUGGUGAAGGAACAAAUACAUGGGAUCGAUUUGAGCUUCGUGUUCACAAGCGAGUCAUUGACCUUUUCAGCUCACCGGAUGUGGUCAAGCAGAUUACUUCUAUCACCAUCGAGCCUGGUGUCGAGGUGGAGGUCACAAUUGCAGAUUCUUAAAUGUUCCUCACCUAGUUUUACUAGUUUUGUUGGAUUUGAACUCUUUCAUUGGAUGUUACCUUCGCAGAUUUUGUU